CUGUCCUUUACAACAAAUAGUUGUUGAAAAAGUCAACAAUUUUUUGGGAGACAUCGCCAUAGAUUGUAACUUAUUGUGAAUCUUGAACAAGUACUACAUGUACAACAACAACUAGUAGCUUGCUACCUCAUUGUAGUAACAACGAGCCAGAGCCACGUAUUAUAAUUAUUGAAGAAAGUUUAAGUUUGAAUAAAACUUUUACUCGAACAACCAGAUUUUGAUUUUCUUGAAUCAAGAACAAAAUGUUAGGCCGGCUUUUGGCCGCUCUCUUCACUUGCGAGUGGAAGAGCUUCCGGCCCCUUUGCUACUCGUUUGAGCAUUUUUGGCUGCUUCUAAACGCUGGCAUCGGGAGUUCGAUUUCCUCCAUCCUCCUCCUCUGGCUGGUAAUCGAUCUUGUGGUCUGGGCAUUGCGCAGCCGUAACGAUAACGAAAUGGCGUUGGUAUACUAUAACUCUAUAUUCUAGAAUAACUAGUUUUAGUCUAUAACACAGCUGUUGGUGGAGUAGGAUGGGCUGAAGUGGAUCGGAUGGACUCACCAUAUUCUCACUCAGUUGCUGCGCUGUUGCAUUUUGUCGGAACAUAGAAGUUUCGGGUUCCUUCCAUCGUAUUCGGAGUCAUCUCUGUGAGGAUGUACUAUUACCUAUUAGCUUAGUACUUCGUUGAGCCAUAAUUUCCUGUUACAACCAGUAUCAAGGUUCUUGUACUUGUACGUAGGUAGUUCUAGUUGUUCAUGAAAGAGGUAAGGAUAACUCCCAAAUAAAAAUGGUAGCUGAAUUAGUACGACACUGGACUACCUCUUCUGAUUCUGACGAGGACGAUUACUAUUUUUUUAUUAACACAUCGACAUCAAACUCAAACACUUUGCGAUCUCAGUUUGAAAAUACCGGAUUCUGUACGUACUUUCAAAUGACGACGAUGCCAUUCACCCUCGGUCUAAACACUGCUAACGCGCAGUGGGCCAAUCUUAGGAAUAAGGAGGAUAUCGAUGAGAAUACAAUUAGUGUAGUUAGUAGUAGUUUGUUCGACAUGAGUCAAAGCAGGACGUAGUUUGCAGUGCGUAAUAGAUGUCAGUUUUCAUGCUACUUUUUGGUUCAGACAUUCUUCCAGCUAGCGCUGAUCGGCAGAAAGAUCUUUACAAGGUUUCACGCAUGAUUAAGUAACAAAACGUAACAUAUCGUGUUAACAGUGCGCAAGUCUAAACAUCAUGUUGUUUCUAAUUCACCUUCGCUCCCUGGCGAGUGGCGCGGAUACCAGUAUGCUGGUCGGCUCCCGUGGCUUGCUGCACUGGAGCCGCUUAAGUUAAGGCUACCGCUGAAGCAUCCUCAGCACCAUCCUACCUUGGCCUCGUUUUCAAGGGAGAAAAAGAAGGCUCCAAGGGCAAGGAUCAUAUGACUCUCAAAGAGGAAGAUGCAAGUGCAACGCGAUAGCUCUAAUGAAGGCUGCUGGAGCGCUUCAGACUUUUCAAGCGGUUGAUGAGUAUGGGUCGCCUGCGCCCUUCGGUCUGGACGUCUCCGCACACGUGUGGUUUGAGUACGUUCUCUUGGCUGCUUGGUUGCUGUGGUUCGGCCACAGUCUCAACACCGAGUUCAUCACGCAACGCUGGAAAGAUAUGCGAGGCAACGCGGGCCGUCUUUUAAGACAAGGCUAUGUUAUUGUUAGACUUCCGACGGUAGAUGAAUCGGUACAGAGUCAACGCCAUGCUCAUCAUGGAUCAUACUUUUCAUCAAGUUCAAGACAACUGGGAGGAAUGAUUUCUUCUAAUUUUUGUCGCGGCGCUCAUCUUGACAUUGCUCGAGAUCUGUUGCUGGCUUGCAAUCCGCAACGACCGGGGAUUCGGUUUGCAGCUCGGUUAUUCUCGCGUACAAGCCCUGCCUCGGGUUGACGAUAGAGUAGAUCUCAUCACACACAGUGACUGGGAUAUCCCCAAUGUCUCUAUCUACACGCAGCGACACGAACACCGCAUAAACCAAGACGCGCUAGUGGCAGAUCAGUUUUUAUGAAGGGAUUAUGCUAAUACGACAGGCAGCGAUACGAGGUCGGCUGCCAUCUUGUCUCCACGUUGGUCACGAAGGGACAACGCCGGGACAUACACAUGAUACGAGAGAGGGUCCACUGAUGAUGAGUUUCACAAAGAGUGAAAAUAAUUUCAAAUUCCUGCAGGAAUCAGCAACAUCGUUUUUCUUUUUCUCCGCAGUUUCCUCUUGCUGAGUAAGAAUUCCUUGCUUUCUUCUAAUACAAGCAACAACAGGUCAGCAACAUCUUGUUUUUUGUCCGCCCAGGGCAGUGCGUGAAGGCCGCAAUGUUGGCUCUGGCAGCAGGGGUCAUACGCUGGGUGGUAGCGGUGCGUCGGCUCGAGGCACGCCGAUGCCGAAUGCAUGGAGUCCUGGACCGAAUUCUACUGGCAAUAAUGCUAGAAACCAAUCUACUAACCAACAGGGAGGACCUCGGAUCCACACGCCGAGCAGCAUUGGUAGCGGAGGCUCGGCCGGCGGUGCAGGAAGUGGGAGCAGAGGAAGUCCCAUUUUUGCACGUGUAUCAGCAGCGCCUAAUCGGCUUAAGGCUCGCUUGUAGAUCGAGAUGGUAAUUGGGUGGAUGUGUCAGACGUGAUGUUACCAAUAUCAUUAGGCUGUACUGCGGAUUUGUGUAGUGCUUAAUACCCGUUGUAUUCACAAUGUGCUCUUCAUCCUCCACCUCUAGUGCAAUUACCUCCCUGAGUGACCGUUGAAGGACGCCCAUUACAGAGAAGGAGCCGGCUCUUCUAAUGCAACCACAGGUCAACAGUCUGUGGGAGGUUCUCGUUCUGUGAGUGGGGGAAACGCGGCGGGCAAUACCCUUGGCGGCCGACCACAGGGUGCUAACGAUAGGGAGACUCGGCGCCUUCGGGUGUUGCAGCACUAUGAAGGACAAGGCGCCCAAGACCAGUCGAACGGGCAACACCGACAGAACGCUCAAUCUUCAGGGUCUCCAUCAGGAAAUGGACCAGCUCAAGGCAGUAUGUCGACAAACAACGGCGCUCCAGAGGAACAGAAUGUUUUUGGAAGCGCUACGAAUUUUCUCAGCCGAACCUUUAACAGUGUUAGAAACUACGGAGUUGGAGGAGAUGGUGCACCGUGGCUGGCGCCAACACCGACGACGUACACUUCGCCUCGAUCUCCGGGAGACACCGUUGGCAUGCUGGGAGCGUGGCGACUUGCGGCGUUCGUCUUCAUCUGCAUUCGUCUCGUUUCGGUCGUCUGCCUCAUAGUCGCAAUCCUUCGUGUGAAGUGCGAGAACCCUGAUCGACAGAAGAAAAAAGCCCUUAACACAAGUAAGAACAGCGCUGCCACCCCGGCAGGUGCAACUGCAACUCCUGGUGGCCAUCAAAUAGGUCAAGCUUCUUUGUUCACGCAGCUUGGAGGACAGGAAAGAGGUCAAGUCAGUCCUGAUCCUGGUACUGAGUUCUUCUUUACAAUUAGUUCUAGUUGGUUCUGCAACUUCCUGUCCUCUUAAUUAAUGUUCGUUCGUCAUUGAUCAAUAAUUCAACGGCAGGGGAGGUAGACUAGAAUCUGACUGAUCGCCGUCUAGUCCUUUCAUCAUUAGUAGUUUGCUCUGCCUAUAAACAUAUGAAUCCAUAUCAGCAGACAUCGAAAUGUAUAACGUUGUAUGAACUAUGAAAAUCGAGUUGCUGGAUGCAUUGCAUUUGCAUGCGACUAGUCCAUCUGAGUGUACUUGCUGUACAGGUAUGUCAAACGUCGAGCUUCUUCAUAAUGGCGUGGCACGCGGGAAAGAGCUGGCUCCCGUAGGCUUGCCAAACCUCGGCAACACUUGUCACAUGAAUGCUCUCUUGCAGCUUCUGAUCAAGGCACCAGAUUACUGGCAGAUCUACCUCACUGCGACUAGCACGGAAGCAGUCGCAGGCGCACAAAACCUUCCUAUAAAAAGGCACAAAGACUCUGUCUCUAAGGGUGAGAUUGGGCGGGCAGCACGGAUUUUUUUCAAUUCUUAUUUGCAGACGGCUGCAGGAGGUGAGAAGCAGGGAAUGCCCAUAAACGUGGCGGAUCUGCUAUACCUGAGCAGAGUCAUGAUGCGCGGAAUCAAGGGUACCAUAUAUAAUUUUUAGAAACAACUGCAGUUGAGCAUGGUUAGUAUCCGAGAAGUUAUAUGAAUGUAUUACCAUAAGCUUAAGCUUCUUGGUGAUUUUUAUGAUUUCCAAGUUUCUGACGUGUCCGCUCGGCAAAACCACACUUACUUAGAGAUAAAACAAAUAUUUUUUUUUUUGAAUAAUCUUAAUCCAUCGCACACCAGCUGGCAGCGGAACUCAGCAGGAUUCCUGCGAGCUGUUGUUGUGCGGUCCGGUUUGUCAGGCCAAGGUGAAUCAGAUAAGCACAAGUCGUACUUUCGUUAAGUGGGCACCGUUUCAAGAUAUCCGCACAGAGGAGCGUGCACUGCGCUUUGGGGAACGUGCAAUGCUUAAAAGUGGAGUCCAGGGCAGUGCCAAGAAGAGGAAAAGUGGGGAGAUCGAUUUACCUUAAGAAAGAGGAGUUAAACAGGAGUUGAUGUAGCAUCAAUAUUAUCUCGUGGUCGUCUCUAUUUCUACUUUUCUAGCACAAGAAGCAAUUAUAUAGUCUUAGUGUUAGUACCGGUCUUAAUUUCAUGCUUAUUUGAUAUGACGUUCACGACAACGACUCUGAGUCUCAUGCACGACCUGUAAAUCUACAACGCAAGAAGAGCUUCAAGAAGACAAUUGAAAUUGUUCUAGCCAGCUUUAAUUCUGAGGAUUGAAGUGGGAUUCACAGCAAGACUUGGUUGAGUAUAGCAUUACCGACAGUGUAGCCAACGUACUUUCGAUAACGCCAGGACAAACGACCCAAAGCGCUAGCGCACCUCCUGGCUUGAGUCAAGUCAGCGGCUUGCUAUGGGAUCCAUCCGAGGUCGCGUCACCAGCAUUGAUAGAUCCUGCAAGCGCAUCCUUCUUAACCGUCCACGAUCUCACGCUUUCAUCGGAGGUGCACUACAUAGAGGAUAAAGAAAUGAUGUUAUGUUGACCCCUCUUGAUCAUGAUGUGGUCGUUGUCGAGGGUAUAGAUUUAGAAGCGGUCAAUACUAGACUAGUACUAGAUAUCAUCAUCGUCAGCCCGAUAAAUACUAGUGGAUCGAUAUAGUACGUCGGAGUACUGCCAGCCUUCAACAUGCUUGACUACAGAUAAUGUUUGUCGCGUCGCUCCGCCUGCUGGAGCAGCUGUACCUGUACGUUGAUAUGUAGUUUCACAAUAGGAAUAUUUCGUCUUCAUCCGUGAUGUAUGAAAAUCCUUAGUAGAUGAAGACUACAACAAUUUUUAUUUGUCAUUGUCCUCCCCCUCUCGCGACAUUAACUCUAAGAAGAGAUGAAGUCUCAAGAAACACUGUUGAUGGUGGAGCGGAGACCUGGCAGCCACCUGCUGGGAUUAUGGUGAGCUUUGCACCAUAUCACACAGCGGAACAGAAAUUGGCUGACCAUGAAAGAGCCGAGUGUGCCAGAAAGUUGUUCGCAAUGGACCAUCUGAAAAAUUAUGAUCUCAGGUACUUGGUUGUCAACUCCAGUGCUGAAGUCUUUUUUAUGAGGUUAAUGUAUCUAAUCCUAGUGGUGCUGAAGUCUGUAAGAGUUUAGAAAUGUUGUAUAAUUUUCAUUUUGUACUAUGAACAUUUUUUCUUUGUACGCUGGAGGGAAGGACGUUGGUGUCUGUCUGAUAUAACAUGCAGUGAACAGCGACAAGAACUACAACGUUUACUCCUGAAGAUGCACGACCACUAGCACUAAAGUAUGAUUGACAUAAUAGGUCGUUGGUAGGGCUAGGGGGGCUUUUCUCAUCGAUAUCAAAAUCAAAAACAAAGGUGGCGUUCGACCGACGAAGCAGUUGGGCUUGAUCUGGCUGGUUUCGUCGUGCAUCAAAGUGAAAAAUCGUCGUUGAACGAAGGACAUUAUACGGCGUUUGUGCGAGACGGAGACGCAAACUGGUGGCACACCAACGACGCCCAAGUUGCUGCGGUUAGACCUGCGUUUGUGGGGUCAAAUCUGCAUAACGGAGUCCUCUUCUACUACGAAUAUACUAACUCACCAAUGACGAAGACGAAGUGGGCGAACUCGGACUCUGGGGUUCCAGGAGCAAGCGAUCUCUUAUCGUAUCCUUCAUCAAGUCAUCAAGAUCAACAUCACGUUCAUGGUUCUCAACAUCAUUUUCUGGAGCCGAGUGGUGAACAAGCUCCAGGAGGAAGUUUAGCUGCCGCUGAAAGCAUGAAAUUGUUUGCCAAAGCAAAAGUGGGUACAGGCAAUGCUGUGGACCAUGUUGGGGGGCAACCUCAUCCUGGUCUGAGCCUCUAUUACAAUAUGGUGCAAGAGGAUCAUGAGGAGCACCACGGAAUCACUAAGGAAAAUAAUGAUAAUCAUGCUCAUGCAAGAACCUCUGCAACUAGCGGAGAUGGAAGAAGCAUGAAUAAUUCCGGAUCUUCGCCCCUUCAAGAGGAGAAUAUUGAAGAAGAAAUGUCGCCACUAUUGUUGAUAGUCGAGGAAGAGGCUACCUCCGCAGUUCAACAUCCUGGUGAAGCAAGUGCUAGGGUCUAA